AGUACUUGCAACGUGCAGGCAACUCAAUGGCAGGCAACGAGCGGCCAGCUACGUGGCUACAAGGCCGCCAGCCCCGCGGCCAGCCAGGCGCCCCGUCGCCGUGUUUGGCGGUUGUGGCGGCGGUGGAAGAAACGCGGCGGGCGGCCGCCCCUUGAUCGAUUUUUUGCCUUCGCGAGGGACCGGCCAAGGCCAUGCUGAGCCUGUCAGUCGAGCGAGGCGCC